UGAACUCGCCACCCGCCCUAAACAAAGAUGAAUUGGCAGAUAAUAAAGGCCAACAUAACCAAAGUCUAGACAGACCAAUUUCUCAGACACAAAGCCAACGUUUUUUCAAACAGAUUUCUCAGAAAAGUUCAGAUGGCAGAAGGAAUUCAAGUUUACUUAGACAAAGUUCUGAGAGGAGAGAAAGAAUUGUGUUACAGAAUUUCGCAGAAUUGUCCCUAGCACACCAACAUUUAUGCUUUGAAACUGACAGCAGUUUGGUGAAGUUCGUGGGCCACAAUGUAAACAAAAAUAAAACGAGGGUUAGUUUAGCCGCAGUUAGACAUCAAAACAGCAAAAUCAUUAACACUACAAACACUACUUCACUGUCCGACCUGGCGGACCUUAUAAAAGACCUUGAAACAAAUGAAGAAAGUCUGAAAGUAAAUGUCAUGUUUUUUGUGCAGUCGAUGUUACCUGAGUUUAGCCAACACUGCUCCACUGACUGUAUUGCUCUAAUUGCCGCCAACACUGGGAAUGUCCUGAUACAGAGUAGAGCUCUUGAUACACUCGAGCUUCUCCUCUUCAAAGGGCGAAUCACACAGCACAAAGUCGACAUUGAUAUGUUGUAUCACACUCAACAUUUACUGGCGCAGUUUUUUCAAGAGUUGAGGGAUCGGAUUAACCAAACACAAGCCACAGAUAAAUAUGAAGAGUGUUUGGUUCAAAGGUUGCUCAACAUUAUCUGCAUGCUUCAGAUAGAGACAGUUUCCUGUGCUAAAGAUUCUCAACCCAGUAAUGAAAAUGGAAUCUUUGGUAUUGAGAUGAGACAGAAAAAUAAAAAACUUGUAAGCGUUAUAGACGAAGGUCUCUAUAAUUUGGAGAACUUAAGAUACAGUAAACUUCAAGAUAUAUCCCGCCAGAUUUCAAAUUGUAAAGAUCAGGAAGGCAUUCUUUGCAGCAAACAAAUGUCUAAUCAUUUUGUUGCAGUUUUUCUUUGUUUAAAACAGCUUUUCACUAGCAUGGAGCUAGAGGUGAUCUCUUCUCUAGAGGAGUGUGUGAAAAGCACGAAGAGAAAACCUAUGGCGAUCCCGGUGGUACAGAUGUUGUUUCGAGGACUAACUCACUUUUUAUGUAAUCUAAGAGAAACACCGGAGACAGACAUAACGAAACUGUGUGAAGGGGUGGUUGGUUUGAUCGAUCUCCUUCCGCAACAAAAUAUGGCGCCAGACGUGGAGCGCGUGCUUGUGUCCCUUAUGUUUGAGGUGACACCUGUCAUACGCAGAAACCUCAUCGACAUGUUCAAGAGAAAACAGCUGUACAAUGAACGUUUACCUGCUUACAUUGUCCAAGAAAUAGAGCAGUCACUAACACCACUCCUAGUUGUGGACAAGAAAAAUGUGGAGUCUAGUUUGGUGAGAGAGGAAUGGUUCCAACUCAAAGGGAAAUAUUGUGGAACAGCAGUGGACAUUCACGUCCACAAACUGACCGAGGAGUGCCACAGGAGUUCUGACUGCAUCAACUUCAGGAGGUCCAACAGCACCCAGCAACACAUGAACCAGAUGUUCUGUUUGGGCAAGCUGCAACACGAGAAAAUUGUCAAAAUCUUGGCUUGUCAAGAUGAAAAUAUUCCACUCUUCUACAUCACGGAACAUCACAAAAAUCUGCAGCGCCUUUUCUUUUUUAAGGAGUGUUUAAAGAAUAAAAUGGAAAAUGGACAACCUUACACUCAAAAAGAGCUCCUGGACAUUCUGAUCCAUGUGGCUGAGGCCUUGACCUUCUGCCACUCAAAAGAUUUCGUGCACGCCAAUCUGACUGCAGCCAGUGUGUUCAUUGGUGCAGAUGGUGUGAAACUUGGAGGCUUUUACAUCGCCACAUUUGUACAGGGAGAUGGUGAAAAACUGCUUGAUGACACCAGCAAAAUACCAACCAGAUGGUCAGCACCAGAGACCUUGAAACGGUUUAAAGUUUCCAAGAUGUCUGAUGUGUGGAUGUUGGCACUUUUGAUGUAUGAAGUGUUGACCCAUGGACUUCUGCCGUACUCGCAUAUCCAAAUGGAUGAUCAGGAAUGUGCUAAUAGGAUUUGUGAUGGAAGCAUUAGACUUUGCAAAGAAACAAACUUGAGAGCCGAACAUUACAGACUGAUAGAAGACUGCACCAGAACGGAUCCAAAACGCAGACCAUCCAUGGAAGUGGUGCAGAAAAAAUUGAUACAUUUUUCCAAAGACGAAAGUGAAAUGCAAAUUUGUGCUAAAGACGCCGAGAUGAUCAAACGUCGGUCUUCUUUCUUUUUUACCACGGGAGAUCGGGGCAAUAAUUACAGUAGCAGGUCAGUUGGUACCAGAUUGGAGUUAAAAGAAGCCAUCAGUGAAAAACUUCACGUUUAUGUAAAGGCAAGUAAAAAACACUAA